UUACAGUUCAAAGUCGCCGCCAGCAGUCAUACAGUUUGAGGCACCUCCACUGUGCCAGAACCAUCAAGGAGCGCUCCCUAUCCAAAUGUAAGUCAUUUCACUCCAAUUGCCGUCAAAUAGAAAAGUUUCUAUAUAUACACACUUCUCUGGCUAUGGCAACGACCAAGCCGAGUUUUCUGGCGCAGCCGACUGUGAAGAGAGUGCGGGUUUACCGCAAUGGGGACCCGUUCUUCGCCGGCAGAAAAUUCGUGAUCAACGAGCGGCAUAUUUCAACGUUUGAAGCCUUCCUGAAGGAAGUGACCAACGGGCUGGAGCCACCGUUCGGGGCCGUCCGCAACAUCUACACGCCGCAGCAGGGCCACCGCAUCUACCACCUGGAGGAGCUGGACAGCGGCAAGCAAUACGUGGCGGGCGGCAAGGAGAAGUUCAAGAAACUCGAUUACAAUCAGAUAGGAGUAAAGAAGACAAAGCCAGUGCCAAAAGAUGUCCCGAUCAAACCUGUUGCUCACAGUCGGAUAAUUGCAUCCGCAAGAUUUCGGAAGCUUACGCAAGAGCCGUGCACUAUUUGUGUGAUUGCAAAUGGAGACCUCCUAAAUCCAGCAAUCCGGCUGCUAAUUCCAAAGAGGGUACUUGGCCAAUGGGAACAAGUACUUGCCAGUAUCACAGAAAAAGUGAACCUUAGAACCGGAGCUGUAAGAAAGCUUCACACAUUGGAUGGAAGGUCCAUCAACGAUGGCUCAGAACUUGAAAAUGGAGGAUAUUAUGUUGCUGUGGGCAGUGACAAAUUUAAGAAGUUGCCCUACAAUGAACUUAUUUUUGAUAAAUCGUAUCCAAGAAGAACUAAUAGAUCAAAGGCUGCAUCGCUUCCUCCAAUCCCAGGCUCAAAGAAGAAUAAAGAAAAUGGAGAUCGGCAAAUCCGUUCUACAGGGGCUGAGAGUGAAGUAUAUCCACUGACCCUGUCACAAUCUCCAAAGAGGAAAGAAAAGAAGGAGCAAGUUUUAGCCAGAGAACAAUCCACAUUCCAUGCAAAACCUGUCAAAGUGAAGCCCGACAAGAACGGCAGCGGAAGCCCAAAGCUCAGCCCUGAAAACGAAAGCUGCGUGUUUAAAGCUUAUGAGGAGAGGAGAGAGACCAUGGGUGCAAUGGAAGUUGAAGAAGAUAACCAAAUACAAGUGGAGCUGCCUAUUGAUCAGAGAGCUGCAGAGAUUGUAGAUGAAGAGGAGACUUUACAAGAACAGUGUGAAGAAGGCAGUUAUGAUGAGGAAGAUGGUGAGUUCCGAAAUGUGGAAGAAGAAAUUUGUAAUGAUGGAUUUUACAAAGGAGAGAAGCCAAUGUCUCGCCAAAUAGUGGAAGAUCCUCAUUUGAGUGUGAAUCCAUGUGAAGAAAAGAAUGGCAAUGAAAAUGAAGCCAGCCCUCAGAUGGAAGAAGACAUUGUGGACAUUAUAGAGCAAGAGGCAGGAGAUGCUCUUCAAUCAGAAGUGAAUCUUAAAGAUAAAUAUUUUCAAAUGCGUGACCUUCCUCUGAAAGGGGAGACCAUUGAGGAAAAUGAAGCUGAACCUCAGAAGCAAGAGGAAAUUGAUGACCUUACAGAACAAGAACAGGAAGAUGCUGAUCAAAUAGAAGAGGUUCCCAUGCAUAAAUAUAUUCGUCCCCAAGACCUUUCUCAUGAAGAAGAGAUAAUAAUUGAUGAAAGUGAAACUGAGCUUCAGGUGGAAGAUAAAGUUAUUGACCUUGCAGAGCAAGAGGUGGAAAUUACUGAUCAAUCAGAAGAGAGCCCGCAAGAUAAAUUUCUUUCACAUGAGCAGAAGACUGUGGAAGAAAGUGAAGCUAAGCUUCAGGUAGAAGAAGGAAUUGCUGAAUGUGUAGAACAAGAGGAGGAAGGUGUUAAUCAAACAGAAGAGGGUCCUAUAAAUGACUACUUUCCUCCAGAAGACCUUCCUGAUGAAGAGAAGAAGAUUGAUGAAAGUAAAGCUGAACCUCAGGUGGAAGAAGUUGUUGACAUUGCAGAGGAAGAAGGUGAAGAUCGGGCAGAGGAGAACUGUGAAGAAAGUCAAGACACAAAAGAGGAAUUGCAGAUAAGUGAUUUGGAUCAGAAACUGGAAAAUGGUUCUGCAGAACAGGAGUCUCCACUAGAAGAGAUUGAGAGUGCAAUAUUAACUGCAUUAGAACCAAACCAGGAUGAUAAUAAUCUGGAAGAAAUAUUAGCAAGUCCUGCAGAAAGCAUACCCAAUUCUCUGGAAGCAGAUGGAACAGAAAUUAUUCAGUCGGCCACAGGACAUGCUGUCUUGGCUCUGUGAACUUGCAGCACAUUACAAGUUGACAAACAUAGCACAAUUCCAUACAUUUCAUUUUCUUCCCACCUUUUCGUCAUGAUUACAGUUUCUCCCCUGGCUGGAACUGUAAAUUGAUAAGGUCAAAAUUGUUUCAGUGUGUUGCUGCUGUUCUAUGUUUGGCCUGUUUAUAAUCAAUUACAUAUCAUUUUAAUUGAAGGACAGGGCGUAUUAUGACCAAGGGACACAAAUACAAUUUUGCCUCAAUUAGGAAGAACCAUAUUUGGCCUUAUUUUUUUUUAAUUUCCAUUAUAAGCUCUAAUACCCUUGUUUGUUUUGAAAACUACCCUUAAAUUCCUCAAGUUGUAAUUGUAUCCUCCUUGGCUGUUGUGCCUCUCCCAAUUGAAGGGCUGGUUACAUUACUUGCAUAUGUUGGUAGGUCCUAUUAAAACAGGAGCAAAGAAAGAGUAUUGAUAACAUUUAGAAUAGCCUGUUUUCAAUUAUAUUUUAGAGGUUCCUGCAAAAUCUAAGUAGGAAAUGUGACAUGAACAAAUAUUCCAAUCUAGACACUCCAACAAAACCAAAUCUCUGUUGAGAGAUUUUUACUUUGCUUUCUUAAAACCUGAAGCAACAGGAAAGGUACAAAUAUCACUAGGAUUGAUAAGUGAUUACUAGUUGACAUAUAUAUCUAAUAUAUAAAAUAAGUCAACAAGUAUGAGUUUUUGUUUUGUUGUACAUUUUCUUAUUUAUUAUGACUUAUAGAAGUCACAUUUAAUGCCUGCUGCCCAGUAUGAUAUUUGUAGGCUGUUUAGUUGAAUCAGCUAUGGGUGAUGUGCUAUGGCCACACAUACAGCAGAUGAAAUGAAAUAAUGAAAAGAAAACUCUGUGGCAAAAGUUAGAGAUCAACAACUCCAAUAUUCCUGCUUAAAACAAAAUUAAGCUUCAGCACUUGCAAGAUCAUGAACUAACCAUGCCAAUGGAAGAAUUGCUAAUGAUUUUUUAACAAAUUGAUACUGAUGUAAGUGCAAUGCAAUGCAAGUGCUGAUGAUUUUGCUACAUUUAAUGCUCAGCAUGGGAGAACAUGCUUUUUUUGUGGGGAUUCAUCUGCAAGGCUGGUAAAAAGAAGAUGAUAAUGUCAAAAUAUUCCAAUGCCCUUCAAGGAUUUCUAAAACUCUGCCUUUAUAUCAAAGGCAUAAAAGAUAAAUGUUUAAUGGAAUAAAUUAUUUGUUCAGUUAAACUUUCUACCAGUUAAGUUGAAUGUGAUUAAGCUAUAUUUUAUGUUCCUUGUGGGUUGUUGCCAUUGCAAGCAAUUAUAUCUCUUCAUGCUUGUCUCCAAUUAUUCAUGAGAAGGUGAGGUGUCACCUUUCCGGGCUACUGCUACAGAGUAGUGAUAUAACCACGUUGUUUCUGAGGCACAGUAGCUAAGUACAACCAGAUCAGGCAAGAGUAACAGAUUUCCAUCUCCAAAGGAUCCAAGUAAAGUAGGUGCUUUUGUUUACAACAAUCCAAAAGCUUAAUAGUUACCAGUAAUGAAUAUAUGUAUCUUGCACCAUUUUUAAAAAAUAGUGAAUUAUCCGUGUGAAUGUUGUAUCCACCUUACAUUUCAUGCUGUUUUCUAUGUCACUUCAAAUGGACAGACUGUGACAGGUACUUUUGAUACCAUUUCUAAACAUGUUGAAGUAAUCAGUGAUUUCACUGCAAACCACUGUUUAAAAGAUUCUUAGAUCCUUGCAGCCUUCUUUCAUCCUUCAGUAUGUCACUUUGAUUAGAUUCCAGAACCAUUCUUGGCAUAAUUGGAAUUGAUGGAAUUGGAGGGACUAGUGAGGCAGAACAUAUAGAAAAGUUUAACAGUGCAGGUUUACUCAGCUGUGCAGUGCAGGGAAAGGCAAUUGGGCAUUGUAAGUAUCAAAGUCGACACUCUGUGGCACUUGCGGGUUUUCUUUCAAAGUCAAUUAAUCUGUGGCUAUUAGUACUAAGUAUGUGGGAGAUAGGUAAAUUUUAUUUUACUUUAUAUGUUUUAUGAUCUAUGAUGUAUCAUUUAAAAAUGAGGAAGAGAAAGGCAGCAGAUUUUAAGAUACCUAAGCAAAAAUCACUGGGUCAAAUGAAAAAUCUAUAGAAGUCAACUGAACUGGGAUAAUAGAGAGGAUAGUUCACGGAAAAUGUGCAGAUAGAUUUGAAGUGAAAGCAAAGUACUGCAGGAAUGCAACAGAGUGAAGUCUGUCCUGAAUAGUUUGGAAUUGAUCGCCCAUUCUACAUUCUAGUUAAGCAUUGCAUCCAAUUAAUCUUGAGACCACAGAACUAUCAGGUUAAUGAUAGCACCCUCUUCCAACCCACCCACCCCCACCUCUGAAAUUAAAUAUUUGAAGACAAUUUUGUUUCAAAUUCAGAUUAUGAGUCUGUUUCUUGUUUCAUUCUGUGCAACAAUGUCAACGUAAUACAAGAUCUAAACCCACGACUGGAACUUCUUCCUUGGUCACGUAUAAUUGUGAUCUUUAAAUGUCACUGCCUUUUCAGUUUCACUUUAUGGGAAUGUUGUAGUAUAUGUGCUGAAUGAUGGAUUAAGAGCAAUGGAUCACAUCUUCAGUCCAGGUUCAGGUCCAGAUCACAAAGGGAUUAUAUUCUAAAUUGUUGUGUUAUGCAGCCAAGCUCAUCCAGAAGGAUCUUCAGAAUUUAAAUGAGGCAUUCUACAUUUGCACUUAAUCAAGCAUUGCAUGUGCAAUUAUUGCCAGCCAGUGAUGAAAGUUGCCUUCUAAACCACUGUUUUAUUUAUUUCAGUUGUCCAAUAACCAGGUUUAUUACCCAUCAUGAUAGAGGGCAAGGUUCCCAACUGAUAGAAAUGUAAAAUAUUGCUUGACAGAUUAAAACCUAACUUAUUAUCCUUUCACAUGUUUAUCUCACUAGGUGUAAUAGAUUAUUGGCUUGAGUAAUUAACACUAUUAUUGAUGUAAUAUCUUGUAGUUUUCUUUGUAUGUUGUUAAUAUUUCAACUGCAGUCACUGUUAAAACUGUAGAACUCAUGAUAGUUUGCUUAGUGAGGGGAAAAAAAACUUUCCUUAAGAUUUUGCACAUAUUAUAGAUGUUAAUGGAUAUACACAAAUGGUAUAUUCAUCAUUGCCUUUCAGACUGUGUAAAUAAACCAUCCUUUAUUGACAUUAAUGUCUCCUAGAAACUAGUAUCUGUAUAAAAUGCAUCAUUCAUAUUGUCACAUUAAUGCUAUCAAUAUUUCUUUGGCAAGUUGAGUUAUAAUGUGCUCUAUUAUAUAUUUCAUUACUACACUGUAAAUAAAGUGACUUGGUGAUA